AUGGAGAUGGCCCCACAAGUCUCAUCUCUGGGGCACAAAGAAGCCCCUGCCCCACAGCUCUCUGCACUACAUCCCACCCCACGGCGCAAGAGGCGGCGGCAGGAGGAGACCGAAGGCGAUGGUGCCGUGGGCCAGAGGAACUUGUGGGGCAGGGACCUGCCCCCUGAGGUCCUGCUCCGCGUCUUCCAGGCGGCCAUGGGGCAGGAUGGCGCCGUUCCCAUCCUCUGCAGCUGCCCCCAACUCCUGUCGCUGUCCCUGUCCCGAUGCGGGGGGGUCCCAGCCCCACCCCCACCCUGCCCCAACCUGCGGCGGCUGCAGCUGAGGCUGUGCCAGGGGGGUCUCUGCCCACAGCUGCAGCUCCUGGAGCUGGACACGGGGCCAGGGGGGUGCAGCGGCCUGGGCCCCCCCCUUCUGCUGCCGGUGGAGGGGCUGCAAGGUGCCUGUCCCCAGCUCAAGGUUCUUCGCCUCCUCAAUGUCACCUUGGACCCCCGCCCCUGCCGCCAGCCUCCUGCUGGUGUCACCUGCCCUGGUGGUGGUGGUGGCACCUCUGAUGGCUUCCCACAGCUGCUGGAGCUGUCCCUGGCCAGCCCCGGGGGUGGCAGCGGCGUUGGGGACCUUCUGCUGCGGAGACUCCUCCACAGGUCCCCCCGGCUGCGGCUGCUGGACCUGCGCGGCUGUGCCCGCGUCACCCCCCGGGGGCUGCUGGACCUGCCCUGCCAUGAGCUGGAGAGUCUCUACCUGGGGUUGCCGUGCGGCUCCGAGCGCGUCCCGCGGCUGGCCGAGGGCAGUGCCGCCCUGGCCCGGAAGUGGCGGCGGAGUCUUCAGGAGCUGGACCUGGCUGGACGCCACUUUGAGCCUGGAGACCUGGCCCAGGCCAUGGCCACCUUCAGCCAUGACGCACCAUUGAGGUCCCUGAACUUGGCUGGCACCAAGAUCACCGCCGAAGGUCUCAGUGUCCUCCUGGCCACCUGCCCGGGGUUGUGCUACCUCAACCUGUCAUCCUGUCGCUGGUUGCCCAGGGGCACCAAGAGGGCCCAUCAAGGGCGUGAGGAGGUGACCAGGUGCCUGGAGGUGCUGCUGGGAGCUACUGGCGGCUACUGGGAGCUGCUACUGGGGGUUAUUGGGAGCUGCUACUGGGGGCUGAAGGGAGCUCCCCGGAUUGAAGAACCGGGAGGUACCGGGAGCUACUGGGAGCCACUGAACCUGCACUGGGAGCUACUGGAAGCUACCGGAGGCUGCACCAGGAGCCACGGGAGUUACCGGGAGCUGAAAGGGACUGAAGGGAGCCGUCGAUCCCAGUGCUGA